AGGCUGAAAAAUCAAUUAUUAUUGCUGCUGCUUUCUGGCAGAGAAAUUUAUAACGACAAACAAACAGUUUGAAAUUAGCCGUAAUUAGAUAAGAAAACGAAUAUUGAAUAAACCAACAAAUCAACAUAUAAAACUGAUAAUGCUUUAAACGUACAGAAACCAACCAGCCAACAUGAGCCAAUGUCAAAGUUAACCAAAAACUGGAAACACAUCGCAUAGUCAACAGCUCGCCGAGAGCUAAUAACGAACCAAAUCGAUCAGGAAUAUAUAAGGACGAUUGCCUUAACACCUAGCUUUAAAUACCAACAAUAGCCAUACGAAACGGAAGCCCACUAAACCGAGAGCUAAACCGAUCACAAAAUGCCUGCAACAGCCACAUCGAAGCAACGACCUCCGGUCGCCGGAGGGAUGACCCCCAAGAAAACUGCUCUGAUCAUUGUCACGGUGAUCGGAUGCAUCGCCAUUCUGUGGCCUAAGGUCUUCCAUCCGAUGAUGUUCGGAGGAGUUCCGCCGCCCAAGCAAAACUUCAAGGAUCCACGAGCUGCACCCGGAGGAUGUUGUGACGUCGUGCUUGACAGGGAGCAGUUCAUGAAUGUCUCGAAGAAGGACACUGUCGAACCCUUUGGCCCGCAUUUGUAUCGCAAGCAAAUCAAUGUUUAUACGGGUGAAAUAAGUCUGCGCCAGGAGCGUCCAGCCCACCUGCAUCCGGAAUCCAUUUAUCAGGCCAUGAGGGAGAGGGGCAGGGCCAUUCCAGCUACGCCCACUGUUCCGAUCGUGGAGCGGAAAAGUUCACCCAGUAAUCCGCCUCCGCGGAUCGUGGAGGGACGGCCCGGUCCCAUUCCCGGAAUGCGUCCACCCAUGGGAGCAGGUGCACUGCACCAGCCACAGCAGCGGGGCAGUAGCAUGGGAUUCCUGAUGCCGCUUUACACGAUCGGAAUCGUCGUGUUUUUCGGCUACACUCUAAUGAAGAUAAUGUUCAAGAAACAAGUUCCCAAUGAGCCCUAUGGACCAGCACCUGGAAAUGCUUCCUUCCGGCAGGAAGUUUUCGGCCAACAGAACCACAGUCAAGUGGAAGAUUUGGCAGGAAGUAAAUUGGGAGCCGCUGUCGCCGCCAAGGACACCGAAAAGGAUCUGUACAACGCCAGUCUGUCGGCCACCGAGGUGGCCAGCAGCCUGUCCACCUCGCUGAAGAACCACCAGCAGAUGAAGGAGGCCGAGCAGCUGAUGGAGAUCGAGAAGCUGCGCCAGAAGCUCGAGAGCACGGAGCGGGCGAUGGCCCAACUGGUGGCCGAAAUGAACACCGAUCAGUAUGAGGCAAAGAAAAACGACAACGAAAAAACGAGAGAGCAACUAGACAAGCAGAAUAUUUCCAACGGACAUGCAAACACCGAACAAAAACCGGAACAGGAGACAUCGCCGAAGGGAGGCAGGAAACGCCGGGAUCUGAGCGCUGAGCGGGAACUAACGGUACUGGGCAUGGAGUUAACAGCCAGUUGCGAGGGCGGCCAAAAGUGGAAAGGACGCCCUCCAACGCCUGUUUUCCGAUCGCCAAGCGAACAUUCCAAAUUGGAAGAAAAUUUGCCAGAGCCGCAGUCCAUUUACUUGGAAGGCGCUUUGGCCCACGAGUCUCAGAUUUUGGUGGCUGACUCCCAAAUCAAACGCGAAGAGGUCUACGACUCGGAGCUUAAUGGAUCAGCCGAGGAACCAGCCAUCAUUCUCAGCAGCAGAAUGACAUUGUCAUUGAUUAAUUUGGACGCAAAUCAACAAAAUGGAAAUGCAGGCAAAUCCGCAGUGGAAAGCCCCCUGGCUGAUGACAUCGAAAUAAUUGGACACGACGAGCAGUAGACAAAAAUGUAUACUUUCACGUAUACCGAUCGAACUUUAUAUAUUUUGGCAAUGAUAUUGACUAGAUUCAGACAAAACUAUUGCAAGGGCCGAGUGAAAUUUCGUUGCUAAUUUCGUUUAACGACGAACAUUAUGACUGAUUAACACGAGACGAUUUGCCAAUAAUUUGAUAUCUUAUUUGUAUAUACAUAUUGUAUGUUUUGAUAUCUUUGUUUUGAUUUAAAAAACGCCAAAGUUUUGUCUUCUUACCAGCACACACCCUCUGUCUCUCUGCUCUUUAAAAACUUUACUCAAUUUCGGUCAAACGUUAUCCUACUUGCAUGUCGAAAAAACUCUUGAACUCUAUUAGAAAACUGCGUUCUCUGUGAACUGCAUGAUUUUAUGUGAAUACUGUUAGUUGAAACUCAAUGCAAAAACUAGUCUACCAUUAAGCUAAGCGCAUAUGUAUUUCAAGCUGCAUCGUCUAUUAUAUUGUGCUCUCUUCGCAUUAAAACCCUGUAGUCUCUUGGCAAAAAAAUUACUCAAACAAAACGGAUUGAUUGCAACUUAUGAUUAAACAACUAAAGUUAGUGCCACAGCGUUUGUGAACCUAGUAUAAUAAAUAAAUUGAAAACCGAA